UGAGGCUGUCAUUUUUAGCAUCUACAUGGAUGUUAAAAUCACCCACAAUAAUUAUUUUAUCUGAGCUGAGCACUAAAUCAGAUAAAAAGUCUGAGAAAUCAGAGAGAAACUCUGUGUAAGGCCCGGUGGUUUGAUAUGUUUCAUAUUUCCAGCUGAUGCUGAUCACACUAACCUUAACAUCACAGACCAUCCUUUGGUUCUUCUUCUGUUCCUCUGAAACUUCCUGUGUGGUGUGCCUUUCACAUUAAAAGCCCUCCCUGACUGUAAAGACUGGACUGUGCUGCAGCUGGUGGAGACAGUGUGUAGGAAACAGGAAGUUCUUCGUCCUCAGUAAAGAGAGGCGCACAGACGAUCAGACUGAGUUCAGACCAAACUAGCAGCUUCCUCUGAGUGAGUCCAGCUACAGGAGAGAAAAGUGGAAACUCCAACACUGCUGCUCCAAGCUGCUGACGCUCCACACACUGAAUGUGAGUUUGAGCCAAAACACGAAUCAAAGGAAGUUUCAGUGAAGGUCGUAGAGGAGGGAGGGGAGCCAGGACUGACUGUACUGCCUGUCUGCUGUUUUCAGCUUCACUCACAGACUCAAUGGCUUCCAGAUCAGAGGAGGAUCUCUGCUGUCCGGUCUGUCAGCAGGUCUUCAGAGAUCCUGUUCUUCUGUCAUGUAGCCACAGCUUCUGUAAAGACUGUCUGAAGAGAUGGUGGAGAGAGAGAACAACACACGAGUGUCCAGUUUGUAAGAGAAGAUCUUCAAAGGAAGAACCACCUUUAAACCAGGGUUUAAAGAACCUGUGUGAGUCGUUCUUACAGGAGAGAGAUCAGAGAGCUUCAGAGGCUCUCUGCAGUCUGCACUCUGAGAAACUCAAACUCUUCUGUCUGGACCAUCAGCAGCCAGCGUGUCUCGUCUGCUGUGCCUCAAAAAAACACACCAAUCACAGAUUCAGACCCAUCGAUGAAGCUGCACAACAACACAAGAAGGAACUUCAGGAAACUCUGGAGCCCUUAAAGAAGAAGUUAAAGGUUUGUGAAAAAGUUCAAGUGAAGUUUGGUCAAACAGCAGAACACAUUAAGGUCCAGGCCCGACACACAGAGAGGCAGAUUAAGGAGCAGUUUAAGAAGCUUCACCAGUUUCUAGCAGAGGAAGAGGAGGCCAGGCUGGCUGCACUGAGGGAGGAAGAGGAGCAGAAGAGUGGGAUGAUGAAGGAGAAGAUGGAGGCUCUGAGCAGAGAGAUAGCAGCUCUUUCAGACACAGUCAGAGCCACAGAGGAGGAGCUGAGAGCUGAAGACGUCUCAUUCCUGCACAACUACAAGGCUGCAGUGGAAAGAGUCCAGCGCUGCCCCCUGCUGGAUGAUCCACAGCUGCCCUCAGGAGCUCUGAUAGAUCAGGCCAAACACCUGGGCAACCUGACCUUCAACAUCUGGAACAACAUGAAGGACAUGGUCUCCUACACUCCUCUCAUUCUGGACCUAAACACUGCAAAUCCAGAACUCAUCCUGUCUGAAGAUCUGACCAGUGUGAGAGGAGGAGGAGAGAGGCAGCAGCUUCCUGAUAAUCCAGAGAGGUUUGACUAUUAUAAAUCUGUCCUGGGCUCUGAGGGCUUUAACUCAGGGACUCACAGCUGGGAUGUUGAUGUUGGAGACAGUACACGGUGGAGACUGGGUGUGUUAGCAGAGUCUGUGCAGAGGAAGGGACGCAUAGAGUCUGGAUUAUGGGGAAUAAGGUUCUAUCAAGAUAAAUACUCAGCAUGUUCACCAUCAGCUCCUCGCACUGCUCUCUCAGUAGAGAAGAAGCUCCAGAGGAUCAGAGUGAAUCUGGACUGGAACAGAGGAAAGCUGUCGUUCUCUGAUCCUGAUACUAACACACACAUACACACCUUCACACACACUUUCACUCACAGGAUGUUUCCAUACGUUGGAAUUAUGGGUAAAGUGAAGGUGUUGCCGUUGAAGGUGUCAGUGGAGCAGAUGAGUUGAGGAUGAUGAUAUUUCUAAUGUUGUUUCCUGUCAGUGAAUUGAAGCUGUUAAACUGCAGCUGUCCUCCUGCUGCCUCGUUGUUCCAAAGCUCUUUGUUUCUCUUUUAGUUCUCACUGUUUCUUUCUGUUUCUGCUGUCCACCUUUUCACAUGGAAAAUCAUUUCACUGUUUCUCACUGAAUGACUCCCCAAACUAGAUUUGAAAUUCUAUCAAGUUUCUAAUCAUUACAAGUGAUUCAUGUUUCUAUUUGAUGUGUGUAAAUGGAGAUGAUUUAGUUUGCUGGGAUAUGGACUGACAUGUGUUGAAUGGGAGGAGCAGUUUGUUGUUGUCUUCUUGUCUGUUUAUGACAACAAUAAAUAUAUUGUUGAAACAA